GUUGUGGUCUUUCUCUUUUUGGGUUCCCCUAAACGCCAUCAUGGGUCGCAUGCACGCUCCCGGUAAGGGUUUGUCCCAGUCGGCACUCCCCUUCAGACGCAGUGUCCCGACAUGGCUCAAGUUGACCUCAGAUGAUGUUAAAGAGCAGAUCUUCAAGUUGGCCAAGAAGGGUCUGACCCCGUCACAAAUUGGUGUGAUCUUGAGGGAUUCCCAUGGUGUGGCCCAGGUGCGCUUCGUCACUGGCAACAAGAUCCUCCGCAUCUUGAAAUCCAAGGGCCUGGCUCCUGACCUUCCUGAGGAUCUGUACCACCUUAUCAAGAAGGCUGUGGCUGUGAGGAAGCACUUGGAGAGGAACAGAAAGGACAAGGACGCCAAAUUCCGCCUCAUUCUUGUUGAGAGCAGAAUCCACAGGCUUGCUCGUUACUACAAGACCAAGAGAGUGCUUGCUCCCAACUGGAAGUAUGAAUCUUCCACAGCCUCUGCAUUGGUGGCAUAAAUGGAAGCAUUUUGGACAAUAAAUGAUAUUUGAAUAUGAACACUG